AUGCGAGUAUCAUCUUUACUGCGGCGCACUUCUCGACGGGGCCCGGGCGGCUGGACAACCCCAACACUGCAGCAACUCGUCCAAACCAAUACACACUCAUAUACACAGACAGAUGGGCAAACAAACCCACAAGCACAUAGACACACUAACACACGAACACCACCAUUAGGGGCAGCCCCAUCCUCUGAAGUGAAACGUGCGUUUGGUGUAGAUGACUUUUCCAUGAUUGAUCGUCAGCAGAUGACUCUUACAAAGUUAUUCCACAUGACGAUGGAUGCAACCUUUAAACCAAAGGAUCCAGAUAGUAGGGUGUACGGUGGGGAUGGAUCCACACAGAAAGCCGCACUACGUGAAGAGCUUAAGACAAUGGAUAGCCGUAUUACCCCUUUUGCUCAUGAAGAGAUUCUUAAUGAUUAUCUUAAAAAUAUUACAGAGAUUAGUGGUCCAUCUGGUCAACAUUGUGAUAGGGAAUUGCUAAGAGGACGUUUAGUUGGUUUACUUUUCUUUACAGAGUCCGAACGUUCACUGGUGUUUAUGAGGAAACUGCAAAAGCUUCACCAACAGCAUCGACAAGACUUUGUAGUUGUGGCUAUAUCCAUGGGAGGUAAAGAGAUGAUAGAUAUUACACGGCAACAUGGUUUCUUUCAUUGUACCCAUCGCAAUGGGGCAACAUGGUUGGCGAGAGAUGCUGGACUUAUGAUUAGACCAUUAACUCCACUACCACGACUUAUUGUAGUGGAUGGCACCACUGGAGAGGAAAUAACACGAAGUGGUUUAACGGCUGUUAUCACACAUCCCGAUACCUGUUUUACCGCCUGGCGUCGUGGAGAUCCAGGGCAUGAUUGGUGGGAUUACAUCAAGACGUUUUAUUUGUAA